AUGAGUCUUUCUCUCAAACACAUUCCAUGUCCUGCGGGUAGAUCUUGCACCGCUUUCCAAUGCAUCUUUGGCCACGGCGAGGAAAAGGCCGCUGCGGCUGCAGCUCCGCAACACUCGCAGAACCAGAAAUCCGCUAGCCAUCAAUCCUCAUCACCCUCGCACGAGGGAUCCCGGAAACGCAUCAAGAUAGACGAGCGCGGCAAGUCCUCGAACCCUCAGCAGAAUGUCACGGCUACAAGCCCUACCCGCCAUGAAGCCGGAGAGGGCGGUUCGAAAGUCGUGCCUCAAACGGCCACUCGAGCCGUGUCACCACCGCCGCUGAAGCGGACUGCAGCUCCAGCUAGCACGUCAACAAGGCAUGCAUCUGCGGAACCUCGCAAGCCUGCGACUGCAAAACACUCAACCCCUUCGCAUCCAAACGAUACAAAACCCAUCUCUAAGCCGGGCAAUGACUUGCCCAAGAAGAGAAAGCCAGAGUCUCUCAACCCUCGACUUCUCAAAAGCUCUCCCGCAAGUCACGAGACUCGCCUGAAACUGUUGAAAAUGCUACAUUCCGAAUUCGUCAGACUCAAUCGCGAACUGAGGAGCGACGGAACCCCAGACGAGCUUGCUCUGGUCAUGUCUGAUCAAGACCUCAUCUUCAAGGCGUUGGACGAUGAGCAGGCUGCCGCUCUCGAGAAGCCAGCCGUGUAUGCCAACGUCAUGAAGAACAAAGUCAUGCAGUAUAAGAGGAUGAAAGUACCCCAGUGGAAGGAAGAGCGACGACAGGAAACCCUCCAGUCCGAGCAACAAGCCAAUGGCGGAAGAAAGCCCAAAGAAGUCAACACUGGGCUCGCCAGCGCCCAAGAAGUCAAACUAUUGCACCGACUCAUAACAGACGUAGAGGGACUCUCCGAUCAUGGCUACGUGCCAUCAGUGCCUUCAGAAGAGGCAGUCGCAGAGGCGUUGAAAGGCUUGGAGGCCGCCAAGGGCUGGGAAAAGUGCGACCGGUGCCAACAGCGCUUCCAGGUCUUUCCAGGCCGACGAGAAGAAGAUGGGGCUCUGACCUCGGGUGGCAAAUGCAACUUUCACUGGGGCAAGGCAUAUGUGCCCGAGAAGGCUCCGGGCGACUUUUCCAGAAUUCCGAAACGUUACCAAUGCUGCGGGCAGGAAGUCGGCGACUCAGCCGGUUGCUUCGCCCACGACCAUCACGUAUUCAAGGUCAGCGACCCUAAACGAUUAGCCGCCGUCAUGAACUACGCAGCGACCCCGACGAUCAGAAACGGACCCAAGGGUAAUGCAGUUGCUUUCGACUGCGAGAUGGGCUACACAGUUCAUGGUCUGGAACUGAUUCGACUUACUGCGACGGAUUGGCCAUCAGGCAAGGAGCUGGUCGACGUUCUCGUCCAGCCCAUUGGAGAGAUUCUCGACCUCAACUCGCGAUACUCUGGCGUAUGGCCCGACGACUUGGCCUACGCAGAGGCGUGGACGCCCUCAGUAUCCGACUCGGCUUCUGCCACGGGUAACGGCAGCAAGAAGCAGUUCAAAAAGGUAUCAUCCCCCGAGGUUGCUCGCGAUCUCCUGUUUUCCCUGCUUUCACCAACCACGCCAUUGAUUGGACAUGGGUUGGAAAACGACCUGAAUGCCGUGCGGGUUGUUCAUCCCACACUUAUCGAUACGGCUUUGCUCUACCCGCAUAAGAGAGGGUUGCCCUACCGCAACAGCCUGAAAAUGCUUAUGGAUGUACAUCUGCACAAGACGAUUCAGCAGGAGACGGGCCCAAAGGUUUCGGGCCACGACUCUGCAGAAGACGCGAGGGCAGCAGGCGAGUUGGUCCGAUAUAGAGUCAUGAAUGAGUGGAAAGAUAUGCAGAGGGCCGGAUGGAGGCUAGUGGACGGAGAAUUUUGGCCGCCAGGAAAGCCAGAUGGCUCCUUAACGACGGAUUUUAUUGAAGCAUAA